UGAGUGCAUUAACUUCUAUUACUGCGCUUGCGCCAAAUAUACUUCCAGGCAUUCAUCGUUGAACGUGAAAGUUUUGUUCAUCAACAUUCUUUCAUGGCUAGCGAACAAUCAGCUCUUCUUUUAAGAAAACAAUUGGCUGAUUUGAACAAAAAUCCAGUAGAAGGAUUUUCAGCAGGCCUGAUAGAUGAUGAAGACUUAUACAAAUGGGAGGUAGUCAUUAUUGGGCCUCAGGAUACCCCAUAUGAAGGAGGAUUCUUUAAAGCCCACCUUCUGUUCCCAAAGGAAUACCCUCAUAGACCUCCAAAAAUGGUCUUCAAGUCUGAUAUUUGGCAUCCAAACAUUGGUCCUGAUGGAGUGGUGUGCAUUUCUAUCCUUCAUGAGCCAGGUGAUGAUAAAUAUGGCUAUGAAACAGCCUCAGAACGUUGGUUACCUGUACAUACUGUGGAAACUAUUUUAGUCAGUGUUAUAUCCAUGAUUUCUGAUCCUAAUGAUGAAUCACCAGCCAAUGUGGAUGCAGCUAAAAUGUGGAGAGAACAACCAGAAGAUUUCAAAAAACGUGUGGCACGGUGUGUCAGAAAAAGUCAAGAUGAAUUUUCAUAGAAAACAUUCAGCAUUUCAUCAAACUUUUUACAUCCCUGUGAUCAUUUCCUAUCUCAUGAAGACUUUGGGAGAGUUGUUGGUUUAAUUUCAUACAGAGUUUCAAUACCAUUUUUAUAUGCAAAUCAUUAUAUUCAAACAUGUUGGCAUUUUUCAUAGUGUGGAAGUUCUGAUUUCUAAAAUUAUUUGGAGUGUCUCACAUGCUUUGUACAUGUAAAGUUAAACUUAAGACUUUUUUUGAGAUUUGAUAAAGCAGAAAAGUACAAACUAUUCUAGUAUGCAGUGUCCAAAGUGUACUGUUUACAAAAUUAUUUAAAUUAUACCCUGUAUAUUACAUGUAAAUUUACAGCAAUUUAUGUUACUUUAACUAUUGAAUUUUAAAGUUUAAAAUAAAAAUGUGUACAGAAUAAAUCUACAAUUUUAUUAUUUGAAAACAACAUUAAGAUCAAUCUUUCUCUCUGAUUCAAUGCACCUGUUUGUAUUAAAUAUGAUAGGAGCAUCGUAAUUGUGCACAAACUUUAUAUGUUAUUAUUUUGAGUGAGAGAUUCUGCAAGUAAUAGACUCAAAUGUAUAGAAAUGCUUGAAAGAUUUAUUAUACGUAUGUAUCUAUUUGUAUUCAUUUUAAGAGUAGCUACCAUGAUACAAGUAAAGGGCUUAACUAACCCCUUCUCGUGUCCCAAGAAAUUAAACACAAUAUGCUGAAUGCAGUGGUAGCAUUUAAUCUUGAUGUAUUUGUUUUAAGAAUCAAACAUUGUACAAUAUGUAGAAAAAAAAAGAAGUGUGAAAUUUUUUAUUUUUUUUUCCUUUUUUUUCUUUCUGAAAUAAUAAAGGUGAAAAUUGAGAUGUUGAAACUAAUGAUGUUUUUAAAUAUACUUAGGAUCACUGAAUAUAAAUGUAACAACUAAGAAGCAAACCUGUGAUUAUAUCUUGAAAUAGUGCUUUAUUUUGAGAAUGACUGUCUUUGUAGCACAGUAAGACCUUCAGUUUUAUGUUUUUUAGUUGUUGUCUAUAAGAAUCUUGUGUUGCAUUUAUGAAAACAUAUCUGUUUUUUAUUUAGAAUCUGAAAUUCAUUAAUUCCAAAGUAAAUAUAUUUUCUUAGUUCAUGAACCUGCAAGGGAUUUUUCUUUUUUGUGUACAAAUGAAUUGCUUUUUCCCCUUCAAUAUUACUUGUGCUAUGUACGUAUGAGUUUUAUUUGUUCACCUGAUAUUUAUUAAUACUAUAAUAGCCUCUUAUUUGUUGCUAUUCUGCCUUAGAAGCUUACAAUAUUGAUGAAUUAUUCUAAUUUGGCAUACAAAAGAUAAGUUACUUGUAUAUUCUUCCUUAUGUACAUAACUGUAAAGAAAUAAAGUGACAUUUUCCGAUCAAAUGUUGAAGAAUUAAAGAUCUGCAAUUCCAAUGAAAUUUGUUUUCACUUAAGAACCUUAAUAAUUUGUAUGCCUCCAGGGUUUGACAACUAUCAAAUUAAGUGCACAGGUUUUGAAUGUACAUUGAAUGUAAGAUAUAUUUGUCUCAGGUAAAUAAAAUUCCUGUGUUGUAAAAUA